AUAAGUAAAACAUACUAUUCAUUUUUAUCCUACAGGUGAAGAAAGCUUAAUUCUUUUGGAUGGAAGACAUGAGUUUCCUUUCAGCUUUCAGCUCCCACAAGAGCACCUGUUCUAAGAAGUCAGGAGAAGAUGGUUGGCUGUUGGUUUUUCACCUCUGGGCCAGUGUCUCUGAGUGCCAAAAUUGAGAGGAAGGGAUACUGUAAUGGGGAAGCCAUACCAAUCUAUGCAGAAAUUGAGAACUGCUCUUCUCGUUUGAUUGUUCCAAAAGCUGCCAUUUUCCAAACACAAACUUAUCUGGCUAGUGGGAAGACAAAGACUUUUCGUCAGAUGGUUGCCAAUGUGCGAGGAAACCAUAUUGCCUCUGGGAGUACAGAUACCUGGAAUGGGAAAACUCUGAAAAUUCCACCUGUAUCCCCUUCUAUUCUUGACUGUUGUAUUAUUAGAGUAGAAUAUUCAUUAGCGGUGUAUAUCCAUAUCCCUGGUGCUAAGAAAUUGAUGAUUGAAAUGCCUCUGGUGAUUGGCACAAUUCCAUGUAUUGGAUUUUCAAGCAGGAAUUCCAGCAUUACCAGCCAGUUUAGUAUGGAUAUGAGUUGGCUGACAUUGACCAUGCCAGAACACCCUGAAGCACCACCAAAUUAUGCUGAUGUAGUGUCUGAGGAAGAGUUCUCCAGACAUGUUCCUGCUUAUCUACCACCAAUUGACUGUGAGGAACAAUUGUGUUGUCCUGUGUUUGCUUACAUACAAGAGUUCCGGUUUCAGCCUCCACCUCUUUAUUCAGAGAUUGAUCCACAUCCUACUGAUGUAGAAGAAAUUCAGCCAAUUUCAUUCAUGCUCUGAAGAGGAUUUGUAAUGAGCAUCAUUGUGAUGAAUGUCUUAUCUUUCUGCUGCUUCAGCUAAUAGUGCAGCUAAAAAGGAAACAGUUUUCUUUUUCAAACCUUAAGUUUGCAUACGAGAAAGGUCAAGAAAAAUGGAGAUGGAGGUAUGAGCAUGUUUUGUGAUGGAAAAGGAAUCUGCUGGAUUAGUCUGCACAAAGGAUAUCACGGGAGCAGCUAUGUUUGGGUACCAUGGAAAGUACCUGAAAAUACUGAAAGUUUUUUUGAAAAGUGGAUAUACCGUAUAAAGUACGAGGAAGAGAUGUAAGGAUAUUUUGAAGAGAAACUUACACGUUGUAAGGAACACUCCAGAAGAAUUUUAGGAACGAUACUGAUACUGAGAACUUGGGUGGUAGAACAGAAUGGGGGGUGAGAACACAUUUCCAAAAGAUUCCCCAGGUUUUGGGGGCUUCAGUUUUGCACUGUCUGCAUCCAAGAAAGAAAAGCUACUAAAAUACGGAAUGAAAUUUUCACUCCAGCUAAACUCUUUAUUUCAUGAGAACAUGCCCUUCUAACACCUGUCAAGUGGUACUAUUUCAUCAUUCAUACUGAAUCUAAAGAUGUCAUGGAUGACAAAAUAGCUAUUACGCAAUAUGAUGAAGGCAACCAUUUACUGAAUGAAAGACAUAAGUAUGUAAAGGAACACUGAACUUUGAUAAGAGCUUAUGCACUAUGCUUUCUUUAAAGGGAUCUCUUAAGGGAAUUAUUCUAGCCUCUUUUACUAGCUAGUUCUUUUUCUGCAUCUUAAGCCUAUGGAUAGCAUGAUAAGCAGAAGCAUGGCAAAGGAGAAACCUUUUGCCAGCAGCAGGUAUACUUAGCGAAACGGACAAUAUUUAUUUAUUCAAAAGCCUUUAUAAGCCUACCUCUGUUUUGGAUAUUUACUUAAGGUCAGAUCUGAGACCAAAAAAAAGUCUUGUAAACCUCCAGUAUACUUCAAGGUUCUGAACAAAAGGGACCUUAAAUGGUUUCUGUGGUUAGUGAACAAGAGAUAGGAGGCAUAGGGAGAAGUGUAAAUAUACCCAGAAUAGACAGAGCUUAUAACUGAAGUGAAAGCAGGCAUCAGGGGAACAAAAUCCUCUGGUAAGGGCACAAUGCUUUUCAUUACUCCUGCAUUUUUGUUUAUAGAUGUAUUGUCAGGGGCUGCACUGGUCAUUUGCUAUCCAUACUUUUUUUUUUCUUUUUUUAGUGUGUUUCCCUGUUUGUUUUUUGCUGCCUAAUUUUGUUUUGGUGCAAUAUUUUAAUGUUUUUCUUCCUCAGGUCACUUAGAACAGUGAGAGUUUGUUGCUGCUAAGAAUGAAGGCACAGCGUUUUACUUGGCCCUUUGCUGUCUUCAUUUAAAGUAGAAUGUUUGCUUCCUGCCAAGCGUCAGUUGGUAUAAGUAAUCCACCCGGUGGCAACACUGUCAACACUUAAAGGAGCAGAAAUAGAGUAUUUUCAGUUUGCAAGUUUACAGACAACUCUUUAAAUUAUAGGGGAUUUUGAAUUGCUAGAACAUAUUCCAUAUGUCUUAAAGAGGGGUUUGGGGUUAAAACGCGGUGCUUCAUAUGGUAAAACAUUGUACUUUCUGAGAAAACUACAAGAAUAGUAAUCGAGUUUCCUUCAUUUCAUUAAUAGCUGCAGUUUAAAAAAGUUUAAAUGGUUUUAUAUGAAAUCUGUCUUCAUUUAAGAAGCAGAGACUUUUCUACAGGCAUAUAUAGAAAUCUAUUUUUAGUCUUUUUAGUACAACUUCCUCACAUUGUUUAAUUUCUAGCACUUCACCUCAGUUCACUUUUACAUUGGUGUAAAAGACACACUGAUGGAGUUUUCUGCAUUUCCAAACUGCAGUUACUUUUUCAUUUGCAAGUUUUACAUAUUGUCUUCUGUAGCAAAUGCAGCUUCAACCAAAAUUUGAGUGCAUGUAUUAGGACGUUCAAAAACUAAAUAUUUGUUGUUUUAAGUCUCAAGGUGUAGCGCUCAUACCUUUUUUAUUUAAGUGAUUGUGUACUCAUACAAUCAAUGCAAGAUUUUCCUUUACAUCACCUUGAAAGGGAACAAACACUUUCCUUAAACAGAUAUCAUUAUAGUUACUUGAAAAAUAGUGCGGCUGCAUAUUAACUUGCAUGUUAAUAAUUGAAAUUAUGAAAUGAUUAGCUUAAAGGACACUAGGUGCUUUUUUUUUUUUUUUUUUUUUUUUUUUUUUUUUGGACUGUAAUACCUGAUGGGUGGUGAUGUGUACUACUUGCCUAGCUGAUUGGUAUAAACAUGGUUAAGCAACCAAGAGCAUGAAGGUGCAUUUUUUUGUUUUUUUUUUUCUUUUGUUUCUUUUUUUCCUCAGAUAAACUGUGGCCUUAGAUUGUUUGCUGCAAAAAAACCCCAAACUAGAAAGUGUUUCUUAAGAAGCACACAUGGCCCUUCAAAGGAGGGGUGAAAAUAAGGUCAAAUUCUGCUCUCUGACACUGCGCUUAGUGCAGAAAUCAGUCCUUAAAAUACUUACUGUUUGCACAAUAAUAAGUUCAAUAUGCAGGUGUUUGUUCUAAUAACUUAACUGUGAAACAGUUUAAAAGAGACAAAAAACAUGCUGUUGAAAACUUUAACAUACAGGAACAUGAUUGUAUUUUGUACUAAUAUAUGAGCCCUAUGGGUUCUUUUUUGUUAAUAAAAGUAUAAAACCUACA